AUGUCCAACAAUUCCGACUGGAGCAGCUCAGGCUUGCCCAACCUGCUUGACCCAAUCUUUUUCGAACUCUUGGAUGCCUGGCAGCACAUCUGUCCAAUCUUCCACCAUUGGUUGACGUGUCCCCAAAAUGUCACAGCCAAGGAGGUUGGGAAGAUGUUUGGAGGGUGCUAUAAUGACCUGAAAGCCUUUCAUGCAAGGCUAAAAGGGGGGCUUGAUGCACACCCAGAUGCAACUCGCAUCCGGCGUUGUCUCGUCCCUCUUUUUGAACUUGUGCAGGCCAACCACCCCUCAUAUGCCAAGUGGUCCCGCUUCAUCCCUGCAGGCAUCUCGGAAGACAUUGCCCCCAUAUGUUUGGAUUCAUCAGAUAAACCCCAGAACCAUCACCAGCAUGCUCUCUUGACCAUCACCAGCUUGCCCCCUCAACCACUGCCAACUCACUUCCUCAACCAUCACCUGCUUGCCCCACUGACCAUCACCAGUAUGCUUCCUCAACCAUCACCAGCUCACUCCCUCAACCAUUGCCAACUCGCCUCACUGACCAUCACCAGCUCAUCCCUCUUUCAUGCAAGACUACAAAUAUCAAUAUGA